AUGCUCCCCGGUUACACCGAUACAAACCAGCUCCUCUCCCGCCAGGACGGCAACAAUUCCAUCUACGGCCAGUGCUGGGGAGGCCUGGGCCAGGGCGAAUGCUUCCCCGCGAACCGAUGCGCGGGCAUCCUCUACACCAACCAAUGCACCGAGAGCUCCAACCACGUGUGCUGUCUCAACCGCGAAUGCACCGUGCCACAAGGCACAGGCUGGUGCAAGGACCGCUCCAACCAGACCUGUGCGGAUGGGACGUUCAUCUCGGGGACACAGGCCCCCUGGCCCUGUCCCGGUGGGAACUCCAUUCAAUGCUGCGUUAAAUACGCCGACAUGGCCAACGGCACAUCAUCGACGACAACAUCGUCGACGACGACUUCCGCUACCGCGACCGGCACUUCUACCCCCGUCCGCGAGACCGGAUCGAGCGGUCUGACGGCCGCGCAGAUCGGCGGGAUAGUCGGCGGGGUGGUUGGAUUCGUCGUUGUUGUGGCCGUUGCGACGGGGUGGGUUCUCUGGCGACGGCGGCGGAGGAGAAAGUGCGAGGAGGGCGCGCCUGGCGGUCUGUCGGAUGAUCAGGGCGGUAAAGACGCUGGUGCUGCGGUGGACACGGUGGAGCAGAAGGAGGAAGGAGGGGAGGGUGGCGGGAGGAAAGACGAUGUGCCGAUCUUGGAUGGCCAGAUGCGACAGGAGAUGGAUGCGCAGGGGCGGGCGGCACUGUAUGAGAUCGGGACCGGGGGGCAGGAUGUGAAGGGGGCGGUUCAGCGCCGCGGCGUGUCGGAGCUGCCUGGAGAGAUGGGUGUUGCGGAGUUAUCUGGAGAGCGGGAGAGGUGA